UGUCCUUUCAAGAAGGAGAAUAGUUUUUGACGGUCCUUCCAGGAUCCAGGAUAGCGACCAAACGUGUCCGUAGCAGUAGGGAGUGAAAAUCAAGUGACGAAACGACGCAACAUUACUCGUGCUCUCAUGCAACUCUGAAGACCGAUUUAUAUGUCACCGCGCUGUUUCCUCGUUGUUAUCUUGACUAGCGACGCGAUUCGCUCGCAUAUUCAUAUUGUGACACAGUGAACGACGGUGCAAUGGAUGGCGGUGAAGGAAGUAAGCCUGGAUCACCAGUGGAGGCUGACGAAGGAGCAGCAGCAGCGCCAGCAGAAAGGGAAGCAACCCCCACAAGCGACGCCACAGCUCAAUCAGCCACAGUACUAUUGACCGUGGGUUCAGGCUCACAGGUAUCGCAAGCCAGCCGGCCAGGAAGCUCACAAGACGCAUCAGCCGGUUCAUCUGUGGCUAACGUCGUCUCCAGAGUCACUGUGCAGGCUCUGCGACAUAUGCGUAUGAAGAGUGCUAAUGAAUCAGCCAGGGCCAGCACUCCAGGCAACACAACGCCUGAUCUCGGCCAAGCUGACGAUGGUAGUGUAGCAGCAGAUGCUGGCAGUAGAUCGGCGUCAAGGCAAUCAGAUGCAGCAGCAAGCCGUAGUACCACUGCCACUGGCUUACAUGAUGGUGGAUCAGCCAGAGGAACACCUGGCUCCGGAUCAGCUGGUGGACUGGCCAAUACACAAGGUGAUGGCGAUGACACGCUGACAGCACAUGACUUCGGAAGCACUGGACGUCUUUCAGCAGAUGACAGUGGUACAAGGGAAAGUUCACGAUCAAGCACGAGAAAUGCUUACGGUCGAAGCAAUGGUGGACGGGCCAGCGGUGGUGGAGGAGACGGUGAUGAUGAUGGUGAUGAUGGCGAUGAUGGUGACGAUGAUGACGAGGAUUAUGCUGGUUUCGAUGUUGAAGUAGGUGACCACAUGGAUGACGAUGAUGAUGAUGACAAUGGCCUGGGAAAUGAUGCCGACGACAUGAUGGUGAUGGAACCAGAUCAUCCACUCAUGCAACAAUUCCAAACGCAAGUUACCGUCCAGCUCACAGCUCAGAAAGAACAACUUGAGCUGAAGAAAGCUGAGAAGAUGAAAACCCUAAAGGAGCGUGAGAAGGAACGUGAUGAGCUUGGUGUUUCUCUAUACAACCUUCAACAACAACUUGCCAAGCAUCAGAGUCAACUCGAGCAGCACCAAGAACAGCUGUCCGAGAUCAGUGAAAAGCGGAAGCAGUGCGAGCUGGCCUUGCACAAGGCCAAGAAGAUCCACCAGGAAUGCCUCACUAACUUACGCGGUCACCACAAGCAAGUGGAAGAAAUACGCUCAAAGCUGGACAAAGCUACGCUGGAGCUGCGCCGGUUGGAAGUGGUCGCCGAGAAAAUGAGAAGCGAAGUUGAAAUCAGGAAGAGAGAGGCCGAGAAGGUUGAUCAGGAUGCUGUCGAGGCUGAAGAGGCUAAGCAACAGCAGGAUGUGUACAUCACGACACUGAUCAAUCAGCUCGAUCGGCUCAAUGAGCAAGUCAACCUGUACAAGAUGCAACUGGCAGCCCAGGUGUUUGAAACGCAGCAAAGCAAAGUGGCACUUAGCGACUCCAUCCAUGAACUGGAGGUUCUGAAUAUGGAAAAGAAAGAUCUCCUAAACCAGUGGAAUGGCUCACUACGUGCAAUCAAGAACCGUGAUGAGGCGCUGAGUGCACUGCAGGAUGCUAUAAGGCGAGAAGAUGAACGUAUAAUUGCUGUAAACUCUGAGCUGAGUGGCUUCAAUCGCAGCAUCGCCAAGGAGCAGGAGAGGCAUGAAGCGCUGACCACUCAACGUGGCAAGCUUGCCAAUGAAUUAGCCAUGGUACAGUCACAGCUGGAACAAUGCAGAGAGAAACAACGAAGCCUUCAAAUGGAUUACCAAUCAUAUACGCGCUCGCUGCAUCAGGUUGAGCAGCAGUUGCAGAAGGCACAAACGGAUCGCACACUGCGCCUGCAGGAGAUCGACGGUGUUCGCCAGCAGACUGAGCGAGAGGUAGCUGAGCGACUUCACCUGGAGGACACCAUUCUGGAGAAGACCAUGACAAUGCUAACCCUAGACAAAGCUGCUCAGUACUCACAGAAAGUACUCGCAAAACUGCGUGCAGAGGAGAAAAGGAGGGUGAAGGGAAUCAUAGAGACGCAAGGCGACAUUGAACGUACCAAGCUGGAUAUUGACAACACGCAGGCGGAAAGGGAUGACUUGGCAGAGGCUCUUGCUGACCUUGGCAAGCAACUUGAUGAGAGAAACCAGCUCAUUAGUCAUAGUGAAGCUGAGAUCAAGAAGCGCAAUGUCAUCAUCGAGCGCAAGCAAAGCCGCAUAGACCAACUGAACAAGAAGAUCAGCCAAGUUCUGCAGGAACGAGGAGGAAAAGAGGAUGUUGGUCCUCUGGAGCUGACAAUCAAGACACUGAAGAAACAGAUCGAGGACAGCCAAGAGGAAUGCCGGCGUCAACAGCAGUUCUGGAUGCGGCAGGAACACGAACUAGUCAAGCGCGUCAAAGAGGCACAGCAGCAGACUAAGGAUAUCGAACAACAGAAGAAGAAACUCAUCAUUCUGGAGCAAAAGAAGAUCCGCCAGGAAGCUGAAAUCGAGACGGAGAAGAAAGAUUUGGCAACAGUGGGCAAUGAAAUACGCCAGAUGCAACUUGACAUGGUGCGACUCAACGCCAUUAUCAGUGAGAAGCGUGGGCAGCAGCAGAACCUGAAGCAGGACAACAUUCUACUGGAAAGCGACUAUUUUGCUCAGUUGAAGGAUGCUGAGCGUGAGAUUAUGACAAUGAAGCUUGAUAUCAGCGCCAACGAAGAAGCAAAGGAGAGACUGAAGAACAGUCUGAUUGAAUCCGAGCAGCAGAUCAUGCUAUGGGAAAAGAAAAUUCAGAUUGCAAGAGAGACGAGUCAAACGUUGGCAUCUGAUGAGAUGGAAGGUGAAAUCAGGCUUCUGAAAGGAGAACUUCACACCAUGCAGACAAGGUACGAUGAGGUUAAACGCAAGCAGCAGAGCCUCAUCAGGCUGAUGGAGAACUCUGUGAAGCAGAGAGCAACCAUUAACUUCAAAGCAGAGGUCAAGUCUACCACUGGAAAGACACAGCAAACCAAAGGACAUCUCAAGAAGCAGGUGGAGGGAAUGGCACGCAAGCUGCAACAGUCACGUCGUAACUCAGCAUCUUGCGAUCAAAAGAUAGAGGAGCUGAACAUAGCACAGCGUGAGAUGGCGGGAUACAUUCAAGAAAAGCAGCGCACGUGCCAGGCAAUGGCAGGAGUGAAAAAUAAACUGUACGAGGAGUCCGCUGCCGAGCGAAGCGAAAAGGAGAGGCUUGGUUUUGAGGUUCGGUGGCUGCAAGCAAGACAACGGCACUAUGCUAAUGCAGCUGCAGGCCGAUAUAACCCACUGCUGAAAAAGAGAGAAGGCGGUCCUAUACUUGAUGAGGAGUUGAUACGCUACAAGAACCAAACACAGUCGUUACUGUCUGUCAGUGAUGAGCUGAAGGAAAGCUGCCCACAGCUUGCUGACACUAUACAGAGCAAGUUGCUGAUACCGCUACGACUACGCCUGAGAACAUUUGCACCAUGAUUGUGCACGGGAGCAGUAUAGGCUCCCCCAAGAGACCAUGAAUGGCCGAAUCUUUCAUUCAUACGUGAAAAAUUAGCUGAACAGUUCACUUUCUUGUGUAUACUCAGGAGGCCGUACAAGGCUGAAGUAUUGCUAUGGAUAGAAGUGUCUUUUUUUUAACAAUAGCGAUGUACAUAUGAAUCCAACCAGAACUUACCAGCUAUGCCCACAAUAUGUAUUCUUGUCAACAGUCUAGCAGACGUCAAAGGUCAAGAACCAGAACAAUUCCCAUACACGCUGUGCACACAGUGGACUUGCAGAGAUUUGUUAAUUUGUAAUUCUAGACGAAAUUGCCUACUACUACUAUGGCGAGCAAGGCCUUUUGCUAGGUACUGCAUGUAUUGAUUUCUUCGAUAUCAAUGCUAUACAAAAGUUUAACCAAUCUUGAUCUUGUCUUUAGAAUUGAA